AUGGCUUCUUCCGAGGUUGACCAGAAGUUCCUCGGCAAAUGGGCCAAGGCCGUCGAGACGGACAACCCUCUUCUGUCGUCUAUGCUCUACAAGAUCCUUGGUCUCUCACUCAGCCUCGCAGAGCAGCUCGUCGUCGCAAAGAAGCAACGCCGCCCUGACCCUUCCCGCGCACCUCAAUCCCUCGACCUCAUUUUUCACAUAAUAUGGCUUUCGCGAGAAGGUCUAGUCAUGCUUCAGCAAUAUGUGAUCCCCAUGGUCGGUAAUCACACUGAGCUUCGCGUCUUGGCACUCAAGUUGCGAGCAUCGUUUUAUCACAUUUUUGUCCUGUUCCACAACAAGCCCUCUGUUUCGACAAUGGGUAUUUCGACCCCCGACACAAUGGCCGGCCUGACACCACCCAGACUGGACAAAGGCAAGGGGAUUGCCAGGGAGGACUGGAACUCGUCGCAAGGUUCCAUACAGCCAACGCAUGCUCUCGAGGGCGGUCCGGUAAACCCUCCGCCGGGGUUCGCUCCUCGUAAUGGGUCGGAUUUACCGGCCGCCUUCCUCGAGCCGCCACGAGACUUCCUCCCUGAGGCUCACAAGUACUUCAAGGAGGCCAUUGCGCUGGCCGAUGAGCAUCUCUGGGGCUCGCACUCGCUGCGACUGUCGGCCAAGACGGAGUACUCUGCGUUCCUGUACGACUGCGUUCACGACUAUGACGGAAGCCGCAAGCUAGCCAAGGACACCAUCUCCGAAGUGUACGAAGCGACGGAGGGUAUGGAUGACGACAUGUUUGCCGAUGCUUGUGAGCUGGUCACCGUCUUGGGCAAGAUGAUGAAGCGCGGGCUGGGUUCGAGCAACAACACGUUGACCAAAGGGCCGAGCCCGAGCCCGGCACCACCGGGCACCACGAUGGCCCCCGGCAUGGAGAACCCCAUUUGA